UUGUCAGCUGAAAUUUGCCUUCGUUAUGGCAAUAUUUGCUGUAAGAAUAAAUGUAUGCAUUUUAAUCGUACGAAACUAAAUAAAGUGAAAAGGUUUUGACGAUCUAAUCUCCCUACGGGGUGCACAAACACAGCCAGAGACAAGUUGAAGAUAAUAAAUAAAUUAUAAUACACAUAAUAUAGAUACAUAUAAGCAAGCUGAUGUACACACUUUUAAUGCCCUGCUCGGACGCGGUCUCGGACCUGGAUUCAGUGCCACUCGGUCAGUCAGUCAAACAACUUGAACAUCAGCGUCUCUGCACUGCAAUUUAAUUUAAUUAAAACGACAAGUGAAAUAUUUUUUCGUUGACUCAAUUGUGGAGGGCAAUUAGACAAAAAAACAAAUCUCAGUCACUGUCUAUGCGUGGGAUGAUGAGCGCUGAAAAGGUCGAAAUGAAACGCUCCACAUCGAUGCCAGUAAAGCCAAGGCCGCUAAAUCCCAAGCCCUUGGCGCGAUCCCCGGAGAAGGAGACAGUCAACGAUACUGAAGUCGAUUACUAUCCAGAAAGUCCGAGCUGCCUGCGCAGACGACGUAAAUCCAAGCAGGCAGCUGAUCAAUUGGAGACGCGCAGCGAACAAAACUUUCCAUAUACACUCGACUGGUCGGGCAGCACCAUCGAGCUCAGUCCCGAUUUGGAUGCGGAUGGCAGAAGGCGCAGCAUGCAUCGGGUUAUGCAAAAGAAUGGCCAUGAGAACGUUGUCUUUCGUCGCAUUCCGGAGAAAUCGUGGCGAUAUAUGCGCGAUGCAAUUACCACACUGAUCGAAUUGGAUUGGAAAUACAUGCUUACGAUUUUCUUGGGCAGCUACUUUCUGAGCUGGCUCUUUUUCGGUGUCUUAUGUUAUAUGGUCGCUUAUUCGCAUGGCGAUUUUCUUUUCGAUGCGGUCACUGGUCAACGGUUAGGCGAAGGCUCAGAUCCUUGCAUCUAUGGCGUACGCACUUUUGUUGCCAUGAUGAUUUACUCGAUUGAGACGCAAACAACGCUUGGAUUUGGGGAGAAAUAUGCGAGUGAGGAAUGCCCCGAGACAAUUUUCUUGUUUGUCAUGCAAAUGAUGUGUGCAGCGGCUAUUGAGGGUUCCAUGAUAAGCAUUAUCUAUGCGAAGACUGCGCGUCCUGCCAAACAGCUUACGAAGCUCAAGUUCAGCGAUAAGGCUGUGAUCUGUUACCGCGAUGGCAAGCUGUGUCUGCUCUUUAGAGUUUGCGAUCCGCGUGAACAGCAGUCCAUUGAAUCCAAGAUACGGGUCUACAUGAUCGUGGACAAACACACUCGCGAGGGCGAGGUCAUAAAGACCCACACGGAACUGCAACUCGAGGGGAAUGGCGAGCAGUUGAUUGUCUGGCCAGACAUUGUUUGUCAUGUCAUCGAUGAGACCAGUCCCCUCUUUCCCUUCAACAAUGCGAAGCAAUUCAAUGCAGGACAGUUUGAGCUUUAUGUAACAAUUGUGGGCACCUCACCAACCACAGCGCAAAUGACCGAAGCCAAGACUUCGUAUGUGCCGCGUGAAAUUUACUGGGGACAGCGAUUCGCCAACAUUAUCCAUUACGAUGCCACCCAUGAGCGUUAUAUAGUGGACUAUGAGAACUUCAAUUCGACCAUAUCGGUGGAUAUGCCCGUCAAGUUGAGCCCGGCAGAGCAACUGCAACAGCGACAGCAACAACAACUGGAACUGCAGCACCAGCAGCAUCAUAAGCAACACCAACUGAAGCUGCAGCAAAGACAGCAACAGCAACAGGAGGUGCAACAGCAGCAAAAGCAACAUCAGCAAAGGGAGGACCAACAGCAAAUGGAGCUGCAGCAAAAGCAACAGCAACAGCAACUGAAGCUGCAGCAAAGGCAAAAGCAACAGCAACUGGAGGUGCAGCAACAGGAGGAGCAACAUCAGCAACAAGAGCAUGAGUAGUAACAUCAGCAAAGGGAGGAGGAACAGGAACUGGAGCUGCAGCAACAGCUGCACCAACAAAAGCAAUAGAAGGAGCAGCAUCAGCAAAGAGAGGAGCAACAGUAAGUGGAGCUACAGCAACAUCAGCAGCAACAAGUAACAUCAAUUUUAACAAAACCAU